AUGGCGUCGCGCAGCGUCCGCAAACAAGUCAUGAUGACCACGACGACGACGUCGUCGUCCCAGAACGUUUCACAGCAAGACCGUGCGGACAGCCCGGCGAACCCGGCGUCGCCUUGGACAUCUCCCUCGUCGGACACCAACACCGGCGGGAGUCGGGAACGCUCGCGCUCGCCGCUCUCGGCGUCCAGGGUUUCGAGAAUUCAGGAGAAGAACGAGCUGGUGCACCUCAACGACCGGCUGGCAGCGUACAUCGACCGCGUGCGUCACCUAGAGUCCGAAAACAGCAAGUUGACCAAACAGAUGAGCCAGGAGACCCGCACCCGGGAAGUCGCCAGCGUUAAAAUCCUGUACGACCGUGAGCUUGCCGACACACGCCGCACCGUCGACCAGACCGCAAACGAGAAGGCCAAACUGGAGCUCGACGCCAAGAAGUGGCAGACAGAGGCCGAGACACUGCAAACGAAACUCGCCAAACGAGAACGCGAGUGGUCCGCAGCUGAGCGACGGGUCACAUCGCUCGAGUCUCAAAACGUUGACCUCCAGGGACGUCUGAAUCAGGCCCUUGGACAACUCAAGGAUGCGGAGGCAGAGCGGGACGCCAUGGCGAAGGAGCUUGAGAAGCUCCGCAAAGAGCUGGAGGCGGAGAUGCUGCGGAACGUCGAGCUGCGGAACGGGGCCAAGACCCUCUCUGAAGACCUCGAUUUCCAGAAGUCCCUCUACGAGAAGCUCCAGGAGGUGCGCGUGGUCAAGCAGACGGAGGUCACUGAGAUCGACGGGCGGCUGAAGGAGGGCUACGAGCUGCGCCUGGCGGACACGCUGAUGAAGCUGCGAGAACAGUACGAAUCGCAGAUGCAGCUGAACCGGGAGGAAACGCAGAACAUCUACGAGAACAAGAUGCGUGACCUGCAGAGCCUGCUCGAGCAGAGCUCCAGCGACAGCUCCAGCAAGGUGGAGGAGAUGCGGGCGUACAAGUCCCGCCUCGAGGGACUCAACUCCAAGAUCUCGGAGCUCGAGUCGCAGAACCUGUCCCUGACGGCCCGUGUGCGAGACCUGGAGCGUCUGCUGGACCAGGAGCGGGAGUGGCACGGCCGGGCCCUGAUGGCCAAGGAGGAAGAGAUCUCCCAGUUGCGGGCGGAGAUCGAGGACCAGCUGCGGGAGUACCAGGACCUGCUGGACAUCAAGGUGGCUCUGGACCUCGAGAUUGCCGCGUACCGCAAGCUCCUGGAGGGCGAAGAGUCCCGGCUCCACAUUACGCCCAGCGCAUCUACCAGCGGGGCUGAGAUGUGCACCAGUCCGCUGCUCCGAGGCACCAAGCGCAAGCGGACCUUCCUCUCCCACCGGGAGGAGCAGUCAAACUCCGACGUCCAGGUCUCCGCAUCCGCCAAGGGGGACCUGGAGAUCUCCGAUCACUGCCCAGACGGAAAAUACGUCAUCGUAAAGAACAAGGGCACGAAGGAGGUUCCAUUGGCUGGCUGGCGGAUCGACCGGAACUCCGGCAACGAUAAGUUCACCUUCCGGUUCCACCGGACCCACGUCAUCCAACCGGGAACCACCAUCACGGUAUGGAGCUCCGACGCCGGUGCAGCUCACAGCGCUCCGUCGGACCUGGUCAUGCGCAACCAGCAGUGGCCCCACGGUGAACAGAUGCGCACAGCCCUGCUCAGCGCUGAUGGGGAGGAGGUGGCCUUUCGGGAAAACCGGCGGCGUCAGUUCACGCGCCUCUCGGAAAGGUCGUCCGGCGCGGGAGGAUAUUGGACGGGGCGUGAGCACCUUCUCCACGAGCACGAUCCCAACGACCCCAACCACUGCUGCGUGAUGUAAAGCGGCAAGAAAAAAAAAUGAAAAAGUCAGUCGAGUGGCGGAAACUUAAUGCCAUUUAUUUUAUUGGUUAUAUUCCUUUUGCCUUUCUCUGUCCCUCUUUCUUGACCCAUGUGUUUGUGACUGCAAUUUUUUUAUCCUUUUUUUUUCUUUAUCGGACAUCAACAUUUCAAGACAUCGGCAUAGUCCUGAACCUAUUUUGCAGGCGCAUUUUUUGCCGGCAUAUUUUUUUCGUGAUCUUCGUCUUUGCAUUUAUCAUAGGUAGAAAGAAAGAAAAAAAUAGCUUAACGUGUCCCCACAUCACCUGUCUAAAGCAUUUCUGUAACUUGUUAACUUCAUAUUCUAACCCCUUUGUGUGCGUGCUUUUGUUGCUGUCGAUUCAUGACGUAUGUAACCUACAUCCUGUUACAUUAAAGUGCCUGUCUUGUUCGUUGUGUUUGUUAGUUUAGUUUUGUGGACAGGGGAACCAGAUUACUUGCAGCAAACCCUGCGUGGUGUUUGCUAUGGUUUUUCCAAACUUUUUUUCUGUGUUUGAGAUGAAACGUUCAGUUUUUAAACCUUUAUCGCUUUAGAAAAAGGGUGUUGCAACAUCACUGCAAUAGGUUUCAGGAGGACAUCAUUCUGCAGCCCUGGCAGCAACCUGCAGCAAACAAAAAAAGACUUUUUUUCACAAUUUUGUUUGAAUUUAUUGUGUGUUACAUCGGAGCACCAUAUUUAUGCUUGGUUUUUAAACGGCUCAGCUGAAAUUGUUGCGUUUGGACAGUUUAGUGGUUGCACUGGUUGUUGAAUGAUAUAUGCUAAUCAAAAACGUCGCACGCAAGGCUAAUGUGUUUGGGGUUAGUCUCUAGAUUUUCUUUGUCAAGAGAAUAUGGAUCUUGUCAAUCAUUUCCCUCCACUCGCGAUUUUAGCAGUUGCAGUGUUCUCGGGUGUGCACACUUGUACGCAAUCGUUGAUGUUAAUAAUUGCCAAGGUAAUUGCACUGCUAACAGAAAUAACAUUUCACCUCCUCCGCAAUCAUGGCAGUGAGUUCAGAUUCUAAAUAUUUUUUCAAAGUUUCUGGUUACACUCUGUGUAAACUGCUUGAUGUUUUGCCCGCUAGAUUUUUCUACAAGCUUCUUAAUACAGCGUAACUGUCGAAGUCCUUCAACAGAAACCUUUUUCGACUGUUGGACGUAGAGCCCCAUUUAAUUUCUCUGUUUGACAUGGAAUGUGCAGUUUUUCUCUCCUUUCCAUCUUGAGGUGGACCACAGCAGCUGCUACGAUCCAUCGGAGAAAAUCCAGUGCUCGAUUGGCUGUGAUUUUUCGUAGCAUGCACUGCAAUCUACGAUUGCAGUGCAUGCUUCGAAGGUGUAGAGUAAAAGCUCAUAAUUUGUAUUGGGUUUGUCAUCGUUUAGUUGUGUAGCCUCUGCAAGCGCUCUUUACCUUUGUCUUGGAUCCCAGCGGAAGUGUUCACUACUUCAAAACUCGUUUGUGUUAGAAUGUGCUUCUUGGUGUUUUUUUUUUGUUUUUUUUGUGUGUGUGGGCAGCAUUUUUUUAAUAGAAAGCUAAACCUAUAGUGCCAGUUUCCACUGUCAUGCCUCACGCUAGCCUGCACUUGAGUCUUGUUUAACCGUGCAUGGACCCGCUACAUCAAGUUGCUUAUAUUAUCAGAGUUUCCCAGAGUAUUCAAUAUUUUUAGUCUUGCAAGAUGUGUUUGCGCUCCUCAAAAAACAGUACCUAGCCGCCCAGUCUUCACGUGUCCACGUCCGACGUUGACCUCGCUUUUGUUCAAAGUAUUCCUUUUUCGGGGUACCUUUUUAUAAGUCUCGUACUGGUAUGUGACCCUUGCAAAUUAUUCGGCAAUCUCGAACUGUCGUCCUUCAU